AUGCUGUCUCUCGUCCUCACUAUCUUGUUCGUGCACAUUGCGAUCUACCUGGUCAACACAAUCGGUGCCACGACAAUUGAUGCUCUGCUAUGGCAUCUGUAUCUAAGACUGCCCACAUCGACAUCUCGCAAUGCGCGUGCGGCCCAGGUCAAAAAGCGCGAAGUCGUCCAGCUCAAGCGCGAGAUGAACAGCACCAGCUCGCAGGAUGAGUUUGCGAAAUGGGCCAAGUUGCGCCGAAGACACGAUAAGAGUGUGGAGGAGUACGAAGCGCUGAAUAAAUUGGUAUCUUCGCAAAAAACCUCAUUCGACUGGAGCGUCAAAAGCGCCCGCUGGCUCAGCACAAACGGUCUCAAGCUCUUUCUCCAAUUUUGGCACUCCAAGACGCCCGUCUUUGCCCUUCCUCCCGGCUGGUUCCCUUACUACGUGGAGUGGGUAUUGUCAUUCCCCCGAGCACCGCUGGGCUCUGUGAGUGUGCAAGUCUGGAACAACGUGUGUGCCACAGCUGUCCUUUUUUUCGGAGAGCUUAUCGGUGCCAUUAUGGCUCAAAUUUUGACGAGGACGACAACGAAAACUUCGAAGAAGACCCCUGUGGCUGUGGGUGGAGAGACUAAGAAGGAAUUGUGA